UAAUUUUCAUUUGAAAGUGAACUAAUCCUUUAAUAGGAGAACAUAAUUUAUAGCUAAAUUAAUAUUACACAGCUUGUCGACGAGCUAUUUGGGGAAUGACUAUCUUGGAUAAAUUAUGUAGCUAUAUGAAUUCAAAACACAUCCUGUGCAAGUUCAUAGUAAUGACUAAACUGAACUACAUGAUGUAAAGGCGACUGAAAUUAAGUAAUUUAUGAAAAGCAAUGUUUUACUGACAUUCAUGACAAAUCUUUAAACUACUCUCCAAACGUCCUUUAUCACACCCAUGGGGUGCUUCUAUACUUUGACCUGUUAAAAAAACGACAUUACCCAAAAUGCAUCGAUACGGAUGACUCGACCACUCUGGGAAAGUCUACGCUACGCUAGUUUCAGAGCUCAGUAAAACAGCCUUAUUGAAAGCAAAACCUGCCAUGCCUGAAUCGACUGAGUGCCCUCCGUUUAGACUCGGCGAGUCUCGGUUUGAUCAGGGUUCAUUUUAUGGCAGGUUAAGACACUUCUUGGAUGUGAUCGACCCUCGAACGCUCUUUGUUUCAGAGAAACAUUUAAAUGAAUGUAUGAAACUCCUGGAUCAGUUCAAAAAUGGAGCUCUGCCUCCAGGUGUGACUAAUGUACAGCUUUGGGAAGCUCAGAAGAUUAAACAGGCCAUCAUCCAUCCAGACACAGGAGAGAAGAUCCCCAUGCCCUUUCGCAUGUCAGGUUUUGUGCCCUUUGGUACUCCAGUGGUUGUUGGCCUUCUUUUACCUAAUCAGACAUUUGCUUCCACCAUCUUCUGGCAGUGGCUGAACCAGAGUCACAAUGCCUGUGUCAACUUCUGCAACCGCAAUGCAACUAAGCCCACACCAAUGUCUACGUUUUUCCAGGGUUAUCUUGGUGCAGUCAGCAGUGCAGUUACUAUUGCAGUGGGGCUGAAUAUUCUUAUUAAGAGAGCUGAGCAUUUCAGUCCAGCUACAAGAAUCCUGGUCCAGAGGUUCAUCCCGUUCCCUGCAGUUGCAAGCGCCAACGUGUGUAAUGUUUUGCUGAUGCGCCACACCGAGCUGUCAGAGGGCAUCAGUGUGCUGGAUGACAAAGGCAAUGUGGUGGGCACCUCAAAGCUGGCUGCCAGGCAUGCUUUAAUGGAGACAUCCCUGACACGUGUAGUGCUGCCCAUGCCUAUUCUCCUGCUGCCGCCUUUAAUAAUGGCCAUACUGGAGAGAUCCACGUGUCAGAGCUAGAGCCAGAGAUCUCUGCUGCAACAGAGUGCAAGAUCCUGACCUACAACAAGGGUCUUUAACCAGUAAAUGCUUGACACCUUGCAACUAAUGUCUUUGUCCUUCACAGUAAAACUCUAAUGCGAACAGAAAAAAUGCAAAGCGUUAUUAGAAAUUUUGAUUGCGUCUCACUGGAUUGUUCCUGCUGUGUGUGAAUCCUCUCCCAGCCACACACAGAGACAGACUCACACCAGUGCUAAUCAUCCUCUUUCCUUGUACUUGAACAUGGCAAUGGCAAAUAGAGGAUUUUUGAAUUUCCCUGUGAUCUGCUUAAAAAUUUACAUAAUUAUCAGCCUUCUCACUCAAACAGUUCUGUAUUAACUGCCUGUAAUUAUAAUGUUUACUAAGUAAUUGUCUUAAAACAAUAAAUAACCAGUUUUGAUAUUUUAAACUGUAUUGUAAUUAGGAAAAAUGCUGUUUACACAGAAUUCAGCUGCCUUUGUGUUAUUUUCUUAUAAUGCCUUUACAAACCACAAAUCAUGCUUACAAUGAAUAUGAAUGUAAACAGAAAAUUGUAAAAAAAAAAAAAAAAAAAAAAAAAAUGAUUUACCAGUAAUUCCCAUAUGGAAAAUAUAUGAGAAGUUAUGAUCUAUCUUACUUAAUAAACCUUAUUUGUUAAA